UACAACACCGUGCAGGGUGGGCUGGACUCCAUCGUCCGCGGACUGGCCAGCACGCCGCAUGAGAAGUUGGACCGCUUCAUCGUCAGCGGCUUGACCAAGAACCUGUUCGCGGAUCCGGCCGACUCUCUCGGCCUGGACCUGGCGGCGCUGAACAUCCAGCGGGGCCGCGACCACGGCCUGCCCGGGUAUAACGCCUGGCGGGUCCUGUGCGGGCUGCCGCGCGCUCGCAGCUUCGACGAUCUGGCUACCGAGAUCCCCGACGCCUCCACAAGGGCCAAGCUGGCAGAUCUGUACAGCCACGUGGACGACAUCGACCUGUUCGCGGCCGGGCUGGCUGAGCGCUCCGUCCCGGGCGGGCUCCUCGGCCCCACCUUCACCUGCCUGAUCGGGCGCCAGUUCCGCGAGCUCAGGAAGGGCGACCGCUUCUGGUUCGAGAACCAGGGACAGUUCUCGCAACGCCAGCUGGGUGAGGUCCGUAAGGUGACGCUAGCACGGGUCCUGUGCGACAACACGGACGACACGAGCUCCAUGCAGCGGCACGUGUUCGAGCUGCCCGGCCCGGGGAACCGGCGGGUCUCCUGCGCGUCCAUCCCGCAGAUGGACCUCUCCGCCUGGCGCGAGUCCGCCACUGUCGUGGGACAGGUCAGGGACUUCUUCACAGACUACUUCGGUGGCCUUAGAGGCUGAAAGGUGAUGUCACCACAAAAUGCUGCUACCAAUCAGUAAUAUGUAAUAUAAUAUAAUACAAAACAAUGAUUACAAACCAAGAAAUGACAGCAAAUACAUUGCCAGGAAUAUAGUUGUACUUUAUAGAUACAUUUAAUGAUAGAAGUCAGGUCGUAAAGUCUCCACCAUGCUACCAGUGCCCUAUAGCGCGAUAAGAUGAUACACAGUCAAAUUUCGUCAAAUAGGGAGAAUGACAUUCCACCAUUGGUAUUGUUUAUGUCUACAUCUGUAGGCUGACAUGGAUAAUCUCAUUUGUAUUUGUACAAAUGCUAAGGAGUCAAAGCCAUAUUAAGAAUAUGUAGUGGAAGUUUGAAACUUCAACUUUUCUCGUAUCGUAUGUCUAGUUUUGGAUAUACCUCUGACUGUUAUUGUACAGAAUGAUGUAAUUUGUAUUUUCAGGUAAAAGAUAACUUUUACUUAUAGUUUCUACAUUCUGGCCGAAUUUGUUUCUUUGUUAUGUUUUAGUUUUCCUUGGCCUGGUGCCUGUUGUAAUAGUUAAGUUAGAGUAAAUGAUGACUAAACAUAAAAUAAAGGCUUUCUUAAUACAAAAGUACAGCGACUUUCAUAUGGUAUCAUAGUGCUCUUGAACCAGUUUACCUCACUGAAGGGCUAUUCUUCCACUUGUCAUUACAGAGAAGACAGACGCUAUGUACAUUAUUUACAGGUUCGUUCUAUGGGAAAAUUCCCCUAGCUCUAUUAGACAAGCACAAUGAAAAGUGGACCAUGGUUUAGCGCCCUGUCCUAAGGACUGCGACCCUUUCCAGUAGCGUGAAUGUUGGGUUAGCGACACAGCCGGGAUCAAACUCACGGUUUCUUGUUCCAGAGGCAUUGUUAGACUUAAACUACAUUCAAGAAAAUAGAGAAUGU